CCUUUCUUCCUUUGCCCAGCUCUAUGCGUCUCGGUUGCCUUAGAUAUUCACUCAGCCUAAAGUCAUGCCUCAAGCAUCCCGUGGAAAUGCUCGUCAGCCUGACUCCAGAGAUGUCCAAAAGGCUAUGGACAAGGAGCAGAAGAGAAGCCGAGGCGCUAUGUCAUGCGCCGAGUGUAGAAGACUCAAACUGAAAUGUGAUAAAACGAUACCGUGCUCUUCAUGCAGACGCAGAGGCUGCUCCGCCAUCUGUCCUAAUGGUUCCCUCACGACUGGUCAGGGAACUCGGUUCGUGCUAGCAGAUACAGAAAAAUUGCAUCAGAAGAUCGCACAAAUGAGUGACAGGAUUCGUCAACUUGAAGACGCACUUUCUAUCUCACAAACCAGUCCUGGCGAACAGCAUCCUCUUCUGCAUAGAAAUCUUCUCGACAUCAAAUCGAUCAUAGAUUUGCAUGCUGCUAUAGAUGAGGAAACGGCAGGUAAAUCCAAGCAUGAAGUCGAUGAUGACUCGCAAUACAUCGAAUCUUUUGGGACGCUCGCCAUACGGGACGAUGGAGCUGCAACUUUCUAUGGUCCAUCCGCCGGGUCAGAGGUGAGCAUUGCAUUGGCAGCUUUCUUUACAACGGCUGAUUGCAUCACCAUAAUUCCAGGCAACAGGACACAGCAUACUGAAUAUCUGUCUCCCAGUGUCAAGCAUCUGUCGAAGUCUUUCCCUCUAGCUCCAGUGUUUAAUGAUGAGGUUGAUCUCAACUACCUCAUUCAAAAUCAUUUACCUCCUUGGCAUCGUGCUCGUCACUUGAGUGAGCUGUAUCUCCAGCAAGCACCAUGGUUCUUUGGAGCGGUAACAAAACGGCAACUCAUGGAGGAGAACCUUCCUUUAUGGUACGCAGAAGCAUCAGAUCUCAUCCAUCUGGGUUCCGUGGCACCAUCAGUAGCCUCGGGGAAUGAUGCUUUGAGUAAAGGUCCUCAUGAACUCGCCUUGAUGUUUGUGAUAUUCUGCUUUGGGGCACUGACGGAUCACAGAUUGCCCCCUGCGCCAGACAACGAGGAAGCCGACAUGUAUUUCAAGCUUACGCGCGCUGCCCUAAACUUGGAGCCCGUACUUGACCGUCCACCAUCAGUGGCGACCAUUCAGACUCUGGCUUUACUCGCAAUCUAUCAGGGCCUUUGCAGUGGAGAAAAUAGCAUUGAGAGCACCUGGGGAAUUUUUGGACUUGCAACAAAGUUAGCUCAGAGCGUAAACCGUGAUUGCGCCCGCUGGCAGCUACCUUCACAAGAGGUGCAAAAGCGCCGUGCGCUGUUCUGGGAGCUAUUCAUCACAGACGGGUGGCAGUCCUUGGCUACAGGUCGUCUUGCUACGUUUUAUCUGCCUUUCGUAGACUGUGAGCUACCUAACGACCCCGAUUCCACGGUGGACGAAGACGGAACUGUUUUACCAAGCUUCCCGGCAUGGAAGGCUCGCUUUGGUUUCCAGUGCAUAUCCGCAGUCAUCCAACAUGCACAAACGGCUAAGGUACCAAAGUAUUCUGUUGUCAUCGAGCUGGAUCGCACGAUUCGCGACAUGGAGCUUCCAAAAUACGCCCAGCGACCUCCCAGAGAGGGCGCUGAACUUGGAGAAGCGAUGAAGCAUUACAUGCCCCUGAACUACCGACACCUGACUCUGCUAUAUGUUCAUCGAUGCUUUUUUGCGGAAGCUGUAUCAAACAACCCCACAGACCCUAUGAACAGCCCAUUCGCUCCAUCGUUCCUUGCAGGGUACCGUAGUGCCUGUGAACUGAUUAACGGUCUUCGCACACAGUUCGACUUAUUCCCAGCACAAAUCGCUCGCUUCUGGGUUUUAUGGACCCAUGCGUUUUCCUCAUCCGUGAUGCUGUCUUCUGUCGUUACGCAUGCAUCUGGAAGCGGUUCUCGGUCGAAGAUCACUACUGCAGCUUUGACCGAGCUGCGACGCGCUGUCAGUCUUUUCAAAGAAGCGUCUGUUUUUGGAGGUCGAGCUGGAAAAUUCCUUCCUAUCCUUGAGAGGCUGUUGCAGAAAGCUGAGCAGGCAUACAGUACUGCCACUCCUACCGUGACACGACGAGAUAUAUUCUCGAAUACUGGUCCAACAAAGUCGAAGGACGAACUUUCGAUUUUCAGUGGACAAAUCAACAAGGUUGCCACGAAGGCCCCCGCACCACCGUCUUCAGGACGGACCAGCCAUUCACCAGGAAACAGCUCCAAUCUGAGUCAAUCUCCCCCGGUGCAAGUAGAAGGCACUCCUCCGCAGUUUAGCAACAUUCAUCCAUCGUUGCGCGAGCAGUGGAGCAGUUUCGAGGGAGAUAUCAAUACUCAGCUUCACAACGCUCAACGAGACGCAUAUUACACAGAAGACGAUGAUUUCAUGGUGCACGCAUCUACUGAGGAUCAUGAGCCGCAGUACGCUCAGGCGCUGCCACAAUCUCACUAUCACCAGCCUGACAAUACUCAAUACCAUGCGGAGCCUCAUCAGCAACAUCCUCAGCAACAGCCUCAGCAACAGCCUCAGCAACAUCCUCAGCAACAUUAUCACCAUCACCCUGACCCCCAGCCCCAGCCCCAGCAAUACUAUAGCCAGGAACAGCCUGGUCAUCAUAUCCAUGAUCCAUACCAGUCAUCAUCCUUCAGUACUGCAGAUCCUUACGCAUCUGGUGACUACAACGCAAGACCCUCCCAAUCAUAUUGGGAAUCUGCACAGCAGUCGUAUCAGGCGCAGGAAAGCACUGCAUAUUAUCAGUCCUCGUACCACGAAAAUCAGUACCAAAUGUCCCAGCAACCCCAAGCUCCUACAGAAUACCCAUCGGUUUCACAUCUGCAAGAGACGUGGCAGUCAUUCAAUGUUUACGUCGGCUCGCCGCGUCGGCCGACGUAG